CCCUCCUCCCUCGCAGGCCGCCGCGGCUGCAGUGCGCAGGAAAGCGGGGCCCGCGCCCAAGCCUAAAGGGGCCUGGGUCCGGGCAUCUGGUGGAUGCGCCCGGCUGCGCGCGCCAGCGCAGCAGCCUGACCAACAGCAGCCACCCGCACGGCGGGGAUGCCCGGACGCCGGGCCCCGGGGCUGGGCCCCCGGCGGUAACCGGAGCGGGGGGGCCGCGCCCCCCCUCCUUCCCCCACCUCGCUGGUUCCAGAGCCGCAGCUGCUGCGCCCGCGCGCUCCCGGGGACAUUCUAACGGCCGCCGGGCCCGGCGCCUCUGCCCCGCUAUUAAUACCGGCGGCCCGGGAGAGGGGCGCAGCGCAGUCAUGAGGACACUGCUGGCUUUCGUGGUCGGCACGGCGCUGAAGGAAAACUGAGGCUCAGAGAAGAUGGGUGACUUGCCAAGAGCACACAUAUCCUCAGCCUGGGCGGGCUGUGUGGAGGUAGACUCGGAGACGGAGGCUGUGUACGGGGAGACCUUCAAAAUUCUGUGCAUCUCUUGCAAGCGCCGCAGCGAAACCACCGCUGAGACCUUCACUGAGUGGACCUUCCGCCAGAAGGGCACUGAGGAGUUUGUCAAGAUCCUGCGCUAUGAGAACGAGGUGCUGCAGCUGGAGGAGGACGAGCGCUUUGAGGGCCGUGUGGUGUGGAACGGCAGUCGGGGCACCAGGGACCUGCAGGACCUGUCCAUUUUCAUCACAAAUGUCACCUACAACCACUCGGGUGAUUACGAGUGCCAUGUCUACCGCCUGCUCUUCUUUGAGAACUAUGAGCACAACACCACCGUCGUCAAGAAGAUCCACUUGGAGGUGGUGGACAAAGCCAACAGAGACAUGGCGUCCAUCGUGUCUGAGAUCAUGAUGUAUGUGCUCAUCGUGGUGUUAACCAUAUGGCUUGUGGCUGAGAUGGUUUAUUGUUACAAGAAGAUCGCUGCUGCCACAGAGGCUGCUGCGCAAGAAAAUGCUUCGGAAUACCUGGCCAUCACCUCAGAAAGCAAAGAGAACUGCACGGGUGUCCAGGUGGCUGAAUAGCCCUGGCCCUGGGCUCCUCAAGGAAGAGCCAGCCCUAAUGGGGAACUUCCGGGCAAAGCCUGCCCCCAAUGGGGGUUGGCCAUUCCUGGGCCUCCACAGCCUCAGAGUCCUGCCAGCGGAGCUGCUAGGGGGGGAGGGACAGGUGGCUUAGCUCACACCCUUAAUCCAGCCUUCUUCCUCCCGCCCACUUGCCCACUCUCGCCAUGCAUGAUGGCUAAAGCAAUACUGCCGCUGCCACCGCCCCUGCUUCUGCUGCCUGUUUUUUUUUGGGGGGGGGGGGCGGUGAGGGGGGCAGCGGCUCCGCACCCCUCCUUCUUGCUGAUUUGCACACAUUGGCCGCUCAGACACGCACUAUGGGGCCCAGCCCCUCCCUGCCCAGCAGGGUCGUGAAGGCCAGAACGGUUUUGCGCAGGGGGUUCUGGAACCCUCUUCAGCCCUCACCGACAUUUCCCCUCCUGCUUCCUCUGGCUGGACCUGGGGUCUCCUCUCCUGUGAUGCACUCUUGCCCAGCCCACCCUCUCUCACCAGCCUUGGAUUGUGGCCACUUAGAAAGUGGUCCAGACAGCCUCGUCUCUCUUUACACAAGUAGUUUUGUUCGUGAAAUAAAGAUUCUUGGACUUGA